AUGGUUUCGAAGUUGGAUAAAAAUGACAUGAGCAGCAGCAAUGUAAAUGGACUAUCGAUGCUCGAUCAAAUUCUGAAUGCUUGCGAAGCAUGGAACGUUGACGAAGUGCAUCGCAUCGUCGAUUCGAAAACGUUCUUUAUCGAUGCAUUCGACGACGAUCACGUUACUGCACUUCAGAUGGCUGCGUCCACCGGAAAUAUUGGCAUCGUUGAAUAUCUAUUAGAUAAUGGCGCGGAUAUUGAAAAAAGUAAUCAAGUUGGGAUGACUCCACUUCAUCAUGCAUGUCGUAAUGGUCAUAUUAAUGUUGUACGUAUUUUGGUGCAACGCGGUGCUAAUUAUCAAAAGCUAACGUAUUUGGGUGCAUCAGCGAUGACAUUGGCUGCUGCUGGAGGUCAUAUCGAUGUAGUGAAAUUACUUCUAGAUUUACGUCUCAGUGUUAAUCCGUCGCAUACAGCACUUUGUCCGACACCAAUUAUCGCUGCAGCAUUGAGACGUCAUACUCAUAUUUGCGCACUUUUAACACACAGGGGCGCAUAUGUGGAUGGACAUAUAGCACGAUUAUGGAAUUUAUCAGCGUUAUCUGUAGCGAUCACAUGUGGUGCCACCUCAGUGGUGCGUGCACUUCUCGAACUCGGCGCGAACGCUUCAUUUCGCUCAUUGGGUGGUCGAACGGCCAUCGAAUUAGCAUCUUCCCUGAAUCGCGAUGAUAUCGUUACGAUCAUUACGAAAACACUUAAGAGUUCAUUCAGCGAAGAUAAACCAACAAAAAUUGACUUACGUGCUCAAAUUAUUGUACGUGAUGAGCUGGCGAUAAGGAGUGCAUUAAGAGAACGUAUUCCAACUUAUACAAGUUUACCAGAGGGUUGUACACCGCUUAUGUAUGCAGUCCUAUUGGCUGAUACUGCAACUGUGAGAGCGAUUAUUGAAGAAGGUUCUAAUUUGAAUGCAGUCGAAAAUAUAUCUGGAUUUACGGCAUUGAUGUUUGCCGCUAUUCUAGGUGAUGCAGAAAUGAUCGAAUGUCUUCUGAAUGCAGGUGCAGAUGCGUCAAUUACAUCUUCUGAAGGACUUACUGCGUUCGAUUAUGCUGUAGCAUCUGGAAUGAUUGAUGCGGAAAUGUUGUGCCUUCUACAACAACAUAUGGAACGAGGCUUUAUAAUGCCACCCAAAAGCGAACUUCAUCAACAGCUCAGUCGUGUUAUACACAGUGGAAAAUCGAAAAUCUUGAAUAAGAUCAGUAGUCAUGUUGGAUUGUCAGUAUCGUUGGGAGUUGGCGAUCGCAAAGAGCCAAGCUCAUCAUCUCUAUCGCGAGAACAUUUUGAACGAAUCAUCCGUGCAUCGAAUGAUGUGAAUCAAUCCGAAUUCAUCGUUGCUAGUGACAUAUUGCGUUCCAUUGCACAUAAUAUUCGAUUCACGAACAAAAAUGAUGAUCCACUUCAUAACUGCAUUCGUGUUGCAAGAUAUGUCGCUGAACAGCGUGCCACACAAGGUUGGGCAACUUCUCCGGUGGCAUUAAUCAGCGAUGAAUCUCAACAAAACAGUGGUAUGAGUGCGAAGUAUGGUAACUCAAUAGAUUCAACAAUCUCGGGUAAAUCACAAUGUAGCGAGCGACAAAAGGAGUAUUUCUCAUUAGCGCAACGAAAUGCCGAUAUAUUUUAUGAAUAUCGUUUUCCAAAGGGUGAUUACUCGAGGAAAGGAACGAUUGGUAGUAUCAAAACAAGAUUGUUGUUUGAUGAUGAGAAUCGUCGAAAGAUCAGCUCAUCAACAUCUGCAUCGGGUUCUGAUGGUGAGAUCAGUUCUAUUUUUGAAUUAUACAAUACCUAUGUGGUAAAUGAAUAUAAAUUAGAUAAAUCACCACAAGUGCCUCCAACUAUACAAGGUUGUAAUUUAUUUGAUCAUCACGGAUCAACAAACACACUCGGCACAACACCCCGAAUCCGAAUGCGAUCUAGAGAAACAGUCAAGAUGGAUGAAUGUGAUGAGGAUGAGAAUGAUAGAUCGUCACCCUCACGUCUGUCACUCAAUCAAUACACCUUCGCAUUACCUGAUGACAAAAUACCUUUGCGGAAAAGUACAUCGACUCCAAUGUUAGGCGGUGCAAUGAUAUGUAGAUCAUCGUCAUCGAGUUGUCUGAAAGUGGUCACGAAUUCAGCAAGGAACAGCGCUCGUAAUGCUGUUUCAUCGGUUGAUUAUGUUCCAAAAUAUUCACGCCGUCGUGCUCAAGAAGAUUCUUUGUGGACAAAACUUCGUGAAGCUGGUCUUGGUACCUAUGUGGAUUUACUGAAAUCUGAGGAGGUUGACAAAGGGACAUUUUUGUCGCUCACGAAUGAAGAUCUUAUUGAUUUGGGCAUAUCAAAUACACUUCAUCGUAACAGUCUCCUCAAAUUAGCGAAAGCAAUUCGUUCUUCAUGA